AACAGCCAUUUUCUUUUCUUCCAGUAAUUCUAGGGCUCAUUCUCAAACUCACAAUCUUCGGCUCCUAAUUUCCACAUCCAUGGCGGAUUCAGCUCCUUCGCCGGAAAAUCCCGCCGUCACUAAUUCUCAACCACCGAUGGAAUCCGAUAUCCAAACUUCCCAAUCAGAUCCAUCUCCGGCACCGUCGUUAUCUUCACCUCUGCCACCACCUCCGCCGUCGAUCCAGCCUUACUCCGCCGUACCUACGUCGUUUCGUCCAGCGACGCCUCCAGCACCUCUACCUGGUGUUGGUGUAACUCCUAUGUUCUCGCCUCUUCCUAACCCUAACUUGCAGCAGCAAACAUUGAAUUUUCCGAAUCCUUCUGUUCAGCCUCCUGGAGUGAAUUCUGUGCCGCCGGCGAUGAUUCCGGCACCUACAGGUGGUGCUGGAGCUGUUCAGAUGGGUUCGGCGCCGCAAAUUAUGCCGCCUUAUGCUAUGCCUGGACAGAUGAUGAGACCGUACGCCCCCAUGCCUAACGGUUACCAUACUAUGCCUCAAUCUGCUCCACAGGGCGCCAUGCUUCAUCCCGGAAUUCCGCGUUAUGCAUCACCAUACACACAAAUGGCUCGGCCAGUGUUUCCUCCACGCCCACUAGGUGCAGUAGGCAUUGUUCCUCCCUUGAUGCGCCCUCAAAUCCCUAUGAUACGUCCUCCAAUCAUUCCUCCUGUUGCUAGGCCAGCUGCCAUUCCAAGCAUUACUCAAACAGAGAAACCACAAACAACAGUUUAUGUUGGCAAGAUAUCUUCCACUGUGGAAAAUGAGUUUAUGCUUUCUCUUUUGCAGCUCUGCGGGCCUGUUAGGAGUUGGAAGCGUGCUCAAGUUCCGACAAAUGGAUCACUGAAAGGUUUUGGGUUUUGUGAGUUCGAGUCUGCUGAGGGGGUUCUCCGUGCAUUAAGGUUGCUCAACAAAUUAAACAUCGAUGGGCAGGAGCUGAUGUUAAAUGUCAAUCAAGCAACUCGUGAUUUCCUUGAACGGCGGUAUGUUGAAAAGAAAGCAGAAAGCUCAAAGAAGCCCAAAGAGUCUGAAACAGAAGGCGUUGAGAAAGAAGAAGAAAGUGCAUUAGGUGGGGAGAAGAAUGAAAAUGCGAAGACGUCUACAGAACCUCCAGAGUCUAGUACAGAAGAAUCAAAGCAAGAUAGUGGUGAUACAGCGAACAGAGAAAAUCUCGAUGCUGCUAACUUUGGUUUGGUCACUGACGAAGAUAGGCAAGCUGACAAAGAGGCCUUGGAGAAGAUCAAGGAUAUGAUAGAGGAAAGGCUGAAGAAUAAACCAUUACCACCUCCACCUCCUCCUCCACAAACAGCUAAAGAUGGUUCUGAUAACUCAUAUAUGGAAAACGUCAAAGAUGGGGAACCUGGUAGAGAUGCAGCAAAAAAUGAAGAAAAAAAUGAUGAUGUCAGUGAAAGUAAAACUUCAAGUGAACUUGAGAAGGCUGAGAUUAACUCACCGGACCAUCGUAGGCAUGAUAGGAGAAGCAGGGAUCGGGAGAGGGAUUUGAAGAGAGAAAAGGAAAGGGAACUCGAAAGGUAUGAGAGAGAACGUGAACAAGAACGAGCCAAGAGAGAGAAGGAGAGAGAGUACAAGACCCGCGAAGAUGACCGUAGGUACAAGUCCCGAGAAAAAGAGUGGGAAACAAGAGAAAGGGAGAGGGAACAUUGGCGAAAAAGGGAGAGAGAAAGGGAGAAAGAAAGGGCUCAGGAACGCAAAUGGGAUAUAGUGGAGCAAGAACGUGAAUGUGAAGAGGGUUAUAGAAAAAGGAAACACAGGACUAGUGACGAGGAGAGGAAAAGACGGCAGAGGGAGAAGGAAGAUGACUUGGCCGACAGGGCUAAAGAAGAAGAAGAGAUUGCUGAGGCUAGGAGAAGAGCAGACGAGGAACAGCAGAAAAAAGAGCAGGAGGAGGCACUGAAAAUCCUUUCUGGUCAUCUAGCUAAUGGACGCGGAAAAGCUGUUUCAUAUGAGGAAAACAAUCUUGAUAGCCAAGAUAAGAAUAUCGAGAGAGCUCAGGAUAAUUUAAGCCAGGGUGAAGGAGUUGCACAAAAUGGGACUGAUGAAGAAUCCGUGUUGGCAGCUACUGCUGCAUCGGAUAUGAGGCAUAAUAGCAAUGCCCCUACAAAAAGGUUAGAAUUUGGCCUCCUAGGGUCGGGGAAAAGAGCUGCUGUCCUUUCUUUCUUCAAUGCGGAUGAGGAUGAGGAUACUCAAAAAGAAAAGAAAAUGAGGCCAUUGGUUCCAAUUGACUACUCAGUUGACGAGCAACAUAUGGUCCAACCUUCCUCUGAAACAUCGCCGACUAUGGCUGCAGAAUUUGCUAAGCGAAUUUCAAAUGUCAACUCUAAAGAAGAGAGGUCUGAUGUAGAGAAGGAGAGACACAGAAGAACUCAUGACAGAUCCAGCCAGAGGGAUCGGGACAGGCAUGACGAGGAGACUAACCGAACCAGGGAUGACAGCAGAAACCUUGAUCAUGACAGAGUUCGGGAACCUAGACCUGAUAAGGUUAAGACGCCUGAUAAUCAGAAGCUUUUAGAUGCAAAGCAAUUGAUUGACAUGAUUCCAAAGACCAAGGAUGAGUUGUUCUCUUAUGAGAUAAACUGGGCUAUUUAUGACAAGAAUGCGUUGCAUGAAAGGAUGAGACCGUGGAUCAGUAAGAAGAUCACUGAUUUUCUUGGUGAGGAGGAACCGACACUGGUAGACUACAUCGUCUCCAGCACGCAAGAACAUGUCAAGGCAACUGAAAUGCUGGAGAGACUCCAAAGUAUAUUAGAUGAAGAAGCUGAAAUGUUUGUUCUGAAGAUGUGGAGGAUGCUUAUAUUUGAAAUUAAGAAAGUUGAGACAGGUUUGGCUUUGAGGCCCAAAUCCUAGUUUCAGUUAUGUUCUCUCCUGUAACUUGGAAGCAUAUUCAUUAUGCUCUUGCUACUCUAUCAAAUCAUUGUAGAACUGUUUUCUUUCAAGCAUAAAAAUGAUAAAUAGUUUAGGUCAAAAGUUGGUUAUUCCAGCUUCAA